AUGUCCCAGCAACACAUUCUGCCCGUAACUCUUCCCCCUGCUCUCAGUCAGGAGCCCCUCAAGCCUGUGUCUCCUCCCACUGAUACCCAGCAGGAGCAAGUGAAGCAGCCGAUUUCACUGCCUGUCCCAUGCCAGAAGGUGUCCUCUGAGCUGCCAGUGGAGGUCCCCUUGGAACAUGGGGAAGCGCACACAAUUCCUGUGAAGGGGGUGCCUGAGCAAGACUGUGAGCCACAGCCCCAGAAGCUGCAGCAGCAGGAACAGCAUCUGGAACAGCAUCUGGAACAAAAACAGGAACUGCAGCAGCAGGAACAGGAUUUGGAACAGAAGCAACAAGAGUCACAGAAGCAGGAACUGCAGCAGCAGGAAAAGCAUCUGGGACAAAAGCAGCAACAAGACUCACAGGAGCAGGAACUACACCCAGAACAGCAUCUGAAACAGCUGGAGCAACAUGAGCAGGAAGCGCAGCAGCAGCAACAGGAACAGCAUGAGCACCAAGAAGCAGAAAACUUGGAACAGCAGCUGGAGAAAGAUAAAGCACAAAGGGAACAGCUGCUACAGGAGGAGAAGCCCCUGGACCAGCAAGUGGAGCAAGAGCUGGCAAAGAGGGAUGAGCAACUAGAAAAGAAAGAAGAGCAGCUGCUGGAGCACCUGGGACAGAAGCAGCUAGAGGCAACAGAGCAACAGAAGGGACAGCUGGAGCAACCCGCAUUUGUGCCAGCUCCUGGCCAGGUCCAAGAGAUCCACCCAGCCCAGGCACUGCAGGAAGUCUUGUCCUCCGCAGAGGAACAGAGGAAGAAACAGGAGGCAUAG